AUGAAUGACGUUGACGAGCUCUGGCAUGGCAGAGCACAAGCCCUAACGAUGCUCCUCACGAUCCACUCCUAUGCACGGAAAGGCCGGCCCAAGGGCUCAUUGAACCUCGAGGCAGCAGGAGGUCGUAACGGCCACGCGGAGAGAGCCGUCAGCACACGAUAUCGCGGAAUCCGACGAACGCAGCGAGGCCACAAGGCCGCCGCCGUCCACAGCGCCGGCGGCUCUCCAAAGUACGAAGACGAAGGCUACGGCGCUGCUGAUGUGACCAAACGGGGGUUGGAAUACCUUCAAGCCAAUGGCGAUUCGUACGAGCCUGGCACAGCGAUGCCACGAGCGUAUCAGCGUGCCGUACGCCGCACGCCUGACUCUGACGAUGAGCUUACUGGCCCGGGCGAGACGCAGGGCACGAUUCGCUGUGCCACGCAGCCAAUGCCGAUACCCUCAAUUCGUCAAGGAGGUGAGGAUAUAGAGGAUGAAGACGACCCUUUAGCCGAUUUUAACGAGAUGGACCGGCAGGUGGAUGAGGAGGAGUCUGUACAGCAGGAAUUGUGUGCAGAGGGUCUACUAUAG